GAACAGGUGGGAACGACGGGACUGGGCAAGACGGAUCAGGUCUUUCAAGCCGUCAUCAUCUUCUUCAUCAUCAUCUUGGUUCAAACCCAAACGCAAAUGAAGACAAACCAGGAUAUCCUUUCCAUUUCAAACCUACUGAGCCCGUUCCUAUUGAGAACCAAAACCGACAUGAAACUCGGAUCCGUGUCACAUCUCAAUCUACGGGAACGACGAGUGACUCUUACACUCUACUCACUCCUGAAUCCUGGACAUUGGACGAGACUGCGAGACACGGUAGAAUCAGACAGGAAGAGUUGAUGGGUGAGAUCGGCUACAUGGAUCAAGACGAUGAUUCGUACAAGGAGGAUGACGAGAACGAGAUCCAUCCAAAGAGCAGCGAAUCGGUCGGUGAUGAUGAUUUGGCAUUGAAUUUGAAUCUGUCAUCCGAGGGAAACAUCAGUCCGAUGGGAAAGCGAGGGAAACAGACAGAAUCAAUCUCAAAUCAAAGCCGAGAUGAUGAUGAGGAUGAGGAUGGUUCGGACGAUUAUGAAGAUGAUUUCACUCCGUUAGAUUUAGCGUCAGCCUCUAUGAACGCUUUGGGUUGGUCUGUGACUUUAUUGAACAAGGACGAAAUGUCAGAUCUGAUAGAAAGCGGUGUUGGUGUUGAGGCUUGUCCGUCGGAUCGGGGAAUGUGAUAGAUAACAUUUCAAUGUUUCAAUGCAUAUGUAUAAAAUCGGUUUUUC